CUCAGGCAGGGAGUUCCCCACUGGCUUUUCGCCUGCGUGAGCACCGCUUGGGUCAGCAGUGAGGUGGGGCUGGCCGAGGAGCUCGGUUCCUGGGCUGGCAAAGCAGACUUUCCAGUUUCAGUUGUGCUGUGCACGGGGAAGUCACUGUCCCUGCUGUGCCCCCAGCCCCGUGCCUGGUGGGGACCUGUUUUAUCCCACAGCAUGUCCCUGCCACGUGCCGUGGCUGGAGCAGGAGCGCAAGCAGAGGGGAAGGGAGACUGAGGCUGGAAAGGAGACACCACGAUCACCUGCACUUCUCCAUGGCCAAGGCAUUGAGGAUCAGUGGGGCUACAGCCUCCCCGCUCCCCGGUAGCCCCGUGGCUACCACGGCUCCGCCGGGCUUCCUCAGUGGCUUCGUUGGCCGCAUCCCGUUACCCAGAUGGGCACUCAUCGCCGUGGCGCUGGCAGUGGCUAUACUGCUCCUCCUCUUCCUCAUCUGCAUCAUCAGGUGCUGCUGUGCCAAGAAGAAGCCCAAGAAGAAGGAGAAAGUCACCUUGCAUGCCAUCAGCAGCUCCACCACAGCCAGCCUUGUCCAGCCCGAGAUGGAGGACCUGGAGCAGGGCCCGGAGCAGACGGGGCGAGGAAAGCUGCAGUACUCGCUGGAGUACAACUUCCACGCGCAGGAGCUGAAGGUCGGCGUGAAGCAAGCAGCUGAUCUGAAGGCCAUGGACAACGGGGGCACGUCUGACCCUUAUGUUAUUGUCUACCUGACGUCUGACAUGAGGAAGAAGUAUGAGACCAAGGUUUACCGCAAGACCCUGAGCCCUGUCUUCAACGAGAGCUUCACUUUCCAGCUGCCCCAGGCAGAGGUGUCCGAGUCCACACUGGUGAUGCAGAUCCACGACUUCAACCGCUUCGCCAAGCACGACACCAUUGGCGAGGUCCGCCUGCCGCUGGCCAGCGUCGACCUGCAGCACGUCAUCGAGCAGUGGAGUGACCUGGCCAUGGCCAGCAAAGUCGAGCAAGAGCGGCUGGGAGACAUCUGCUUCUCACUGCGCUAUGUCCCCAGCACCGGCAAGCUGACGGUGCUCAUCCUGGAAGCCAAGAAGCUGAAACGGAUGGACUCCCAUGGGCUGGCAGAUCCCUUUGUCAAGGUGCAUCUCAUCCUGAACAGGAAGAAAUGGAAGAAGAAGACAACAAGUGUGAAGAAAAACACCUUGAGCCCUUACUUCAAUGAGGUGUUUGUGUUUGAGGUGCCUUUCAAUCAGAUUCAGAACGUGGAUGUUGUCAUCUCUGUCUGGGACUACGACAGAGUGACCAAGAACGAGCCCAUCGGCAAACUCUUCCUGGGCUGCCGGGCCACGGGCAACCAGCUGCGGCACUGGUCCGACAUGCUGGCCAACCCGCGCCGGCCCCUGGCCCAGUGGCACAGCCUGCAGCCCGCCGACGUGGUGGACAAAGCCCUGGGGCUGAAGUCCCACCUCAAGCUGCCCCUGGCCACCAGAUAGAGGGGGUGAGAGCCCCAAAUGGGUUGAGGGCUCUUCUUGACCAAGAGAGGAGCUGGCUGCUGGUGCAGCUCGUGCCCUGGGCAAUGCCAGAGCAGGGCUGCUCUGCACCGGGGGGAUGCUGGAGGGGAAGGUGUGGAUAUGGGUCCGGCUUGUCCCAGCCCCUCGCAGGCUGGGGGGACAAAUACAGAAAGGUUCAUUGGAAAACACCGAGUCCCUGGGUAUUUUUUAAAGUUUUUAACUUAAUUUUUGAGGGUUUUUAACUGAGACCAAGAUCUUGAACCACCCUAAGAGGCUUGGGGGGAGAGGAAGAGGAUGGGCUGAUAAGGAAGGCAUUGGAGACACAGGACUAACUCUUUACUGACUCUGUGAUCAGCACACUUUGUGUCCUGGCAAGAGGCUAAAAGAAACAGCGAAAUCAGCCCCUGGUUGUCCAUGCAGCUUCACUCUUAGCCUGUUCCUGGCCUGACUUUGGCCCGUGCUGGGCUGUGCACCCUGAGAUGUGUCCUGGGGGUUGCGACUCACCAGCAACCAUCCCUAAGGACCCUGCAGUGCUGGCUCCAUCCACCCCCAUGUGGUCCUACAGAGCUGAGUCCAUAGGGUUUUAACCCCAAACCUGGAGGUGCUGCUGGGGUGGGGUGGUGCUGAGCGUGCACCUUGUCCUCUUGCUUUUAUGCUUUGGCCACCCUGUGCUGAUGAAGGCUGGGCUGCAGCCCUCAUCUCAGUUCAGGGUG